ACCCGAAUAUCUGUAAUAGACUUCCAUUUAGUAUAUAGUUAUUCUCGAGCUCCCCUUCGCGUAUAUACCCGUCUUCCCGAGAUACCAUUCUUGAACGAAGCUUGAACUCAGUUGCUCUUAUCGAGAUUAUUUCUUCACCUUCAGCUCGUUUUCUGUCCCAACGUUGUCUCCUUGGAAUUCGCCCAGUAUGGCGUAUGCCGAUAGAUACACUAAGAAGCCCGUCACGGACUUCUUCACGAGCGACACGGACUUCGACCGCCGGCAAUGUACCCGAACAGUACCCAUGAGAGCUCUCCUCCUGGCACCUGGGCGCACAGGAACUGCCUCUAUGAGAGCUGCAAUGAAACAAUUAGGAUAUCUUGAUACCUACCACAUGAUGAACUGUUCUAUAGAGAAUCCGCCGGACGCACUGCUCUGGAUGGACGCGCUGCGAGCCAAGUAUGAUGGUGUCGGCGAAUUUACUCGAAAGGACUGGGACAAGCUGCUUGGCGGGUCCCAAGCGGUCUGCGACUGGCCCGCCUGUGCCUUCGCCAAGGAGCUCAUCGAGGCGUACCCUGAGGCCAAGGUGGUCAUGACGACGCGCGACGUCGACUCCUGGCACGCCUCGACGAUGAAGACGGUCUACUGGCGAGCGACUGACCCUGAGCUGCGCAUGCUGUCGCAUUUCAGCUGGGCGGCCAAGAUGUACUACCCUAUGCUCAAGAAGUUCUUCGACACCUUCUUCGAGGGCGACUUUCCGAACCGCGGCAAGGACAUUUUCACGAAACACUACGAGGAGGUCAAGAAGCUGGUGCCGCCCGAACGACUGCUCGAAUACCGCGUCCAGGAGGGUUGGGAGCCGCUGUGCAAGUUCCUCGACUGCCCCGUGCCCAAGGACGUGCCGUUCCCUAAUGUUAACGAUAACUCGGAUUUCGUCACACGAUCGCAGCGACGGAACCGCGCCCAGAUGUACAACGUGAUCGCGCAAGGAUUAGAGAUCCUCGGACUCGCGCUCCUAGUACUGUAUCUAGUCUUUUACGUUCAGAACUCGAUGUUCUCAUGAUUUCUACGAAUUGGGUUUUUCGACGCAUAGAAAAUGACAUAUCUAGACGAAGAUUGCGCUUGGCUCCGGCGUCACGGCAAAUGGGUA